CCUAAAUAAAAUUUUAACACCUAAAAAACUUGGAGGUUUCGGAAUUAUAGUUUUAUCUUUUCUUGUUUGCCCUGUAUUUCAAAAGAAUGAUUUUGCUGAACGUUCUUUUAGCACUAGACGCAUACGAUACAUUUGUGCAUCAUGUUUUGCAUCAGAAGGUGGUCAUAUAUAUAUACGGCAAGGAAGGGGCGCUAUUUCUCCAUAUGAUUGCACUGAUCAGCAUCACGAUGAUUCUGCGAAAUCACUUCAAUUUUUGGCCAGGUGGAUAAAUGAUAUCUCAGAUUCAGUUGAAAGAGAUAUUCAGCAUCUCCUCCUUUAUGAGAUUUUUAAAGGGAUUGUGACAUUUUUUGAAAAGGCGAAAUUUAUUAAAAAUUUAAAAAAAAAAGACAUUAGUGAUGAAGAACAUGGUGACGAUAAAAUUAGAGAAAAUCAAGACAAACAAGAAAAGAUAAAACUAUAA